AAACCACUGAGCCCAAGAGGAUGAAUGACCAGUGCACACAAAUCCUUGGGGUACAACUUGAUGAAUUUUUCAUACGCGCUGCAGCUGGAUAGCUAUCACCCAGCUCAAGAUAAAGGGCAUUUUCUGUACCGCAGAAGGCUUCUUUUCUUUCCAAGACUGUACUUGCCGACUCAGUCAAAGGGGCCAGUGUCAUUUGAGGAUGUGACUAUGGGCUUCACCCAGGAGGAGUGGCAGCACCUGGACCCUGCUCAGAGGACCCUGUACAGGGACGUGAUGCUGGAGAACUAUAGCCACCUCAUCUCAGUGGGUAGGGAUUGUAUAAUUUUUGACCUGAUGGAGAAGAGCCAGGAAAAGGAAGUCCAGCAUUGGUGGAAAGUUGAUUUUGUCAGCAACAAAACACCGACUAAAGAGAGAAAUAGUGUAUUAGGGAAAACAUUUUCUCUGGAUACAAACUCUAUUUUAUCAAGAAAGAUACCUGGUAAAUAUGACUCAUAUGGAAUGAAUUUGGAUUCUCUUUCAGAAUUAAUCAUUAGUAAUAGACACUCCUUUGUAAGGCAGCUUGAUGAGUUUAAUACACAUGGGAAAUUACUCCUCUGUACAAAGCACAGGAAUUCUCAUUCUAGAGAGAAAUCUUUAGAAUAUGAUAGAACUGGAAAAGCCAUUAGUCCAAAUGACAUAUUUCAGCAUCAAGAUACUCAAAUUCUGAAGCUUUCUUCUGAAUAUAAUGAAUGUGGGAAAGCCUUCAAUGAGGGGGCAACUUUCAUUACCCAUAAGAGAGCAAGCUCAUGGGAGAAGCCCUAUGGAUGUAAUGAACAUGUCAAAGCCUUUUCUGAUAGACCAACAUUCACUGUUCAUCAGGGAACUCAUACAAGGGAGAAUCACUAUGAAUUGAAUGACUGUGGGAGGUGGUCUGUUGGUGAGAAGUCAACUUUAAGUAAGCACCAUGGAGUUAUCAUGGGGAAGAGAUACUAUGAGUGUAUUGAAAGUGAAUAGUUUCAGAAAGAAGUCACUCCUUCAGCGAAUUUAUAAAGGAGAGGAAACCUUUAACUGUUUUGAAGAUUGGGAAGUAUUCUGCAAGAAGCCAAAUUUCAUUCAGCAUCAA